GUUCCUGUGCGUGCUUGUUUCGUCUUCGUUCGCCGCCAUUAUUACGAAGACGUGAGAGGUUGGUUUUGUUCGUUUUCGCGUGGUCGUGUAAGUUUAUCGUAAUAAUAUCACAAAUGAAGAUGGUAGACAAAAUAGAAAUGAGUCUCGACGAUAUUAUCAAGCAAAAUAAAGGAACAAGAGCACGAGGAGGCGGUGGUAGACGAGGUAGAGGUGUUGGUGGCUCGCCUCGUAGGGGAGCUCGAAGAGCCCAAAGAGUUGGCGGCGGCGUCAUGCGAGGACGCAGUCGUGGUGGCAUUACAAGAAGUACCUUGCCGUAUACAAGAGGUGACGUAAACAGUGCAUGGAAACAUGACAUGUUUGAUGGAGUAAAAAAGGUUGGCAGAGGUGCAAUAGGCAGUGCAGGUGUUACCAAAUUACUCGUAUCCAAUCUUGACUUUGGAGUAUCAGAUUCUGAUAUUCAGGAAUUAUUCAGCGAAUUUGGACCUCUCAAAUCGGCAGCUGUACAUUAUGAUAGAUCAGGUCGAUCAUUAGGCUCUGCAGAUGUUAUAUUCGAAAGAAGAGCUGAUGCUAUAAAAGCAAUGAAACAGUAUAAUGGCGUACCACUUGAUGGUCGUGAAAUGAAUAUACAAGUUGCCACAUCUGAGAUACCAGUUCCAGCAGUGCGUGGAGGAUCAAGACUCAGUGGAAACAGUUACGCACAAAGAACUCAAUCUCGUUUUAGAGGUAAUCGUGGUUCAGGAUCUGUUAGAGGUCGUGGUGCAAGACGUGGUGGUAGAGGAGGAAGUCGACAAGCUACAAAAACUCCUACUGCUGAAGAAUUAGAUGCAGAAUUGGAGGCUUAUGUCAAGGAAGUAAAGUAACAAAGCCAUAAAUUCUUGGCAACCUCUAAAAGUUUUGUUCUUGUCUGAUCUAACACAAUACAUUGUGUUUUCCUUAUUUCCGUAAGAUAUACAUAUGAAACUAAGUGUAAUUAUACCAUUAGAAAACGAAGUGUUAUAUGCAAUUUCAUUUUGAAUGGAUCUUUUUUUUUUUAUUUCUGACGUUUCCUUCAGAAAUUGGCAUACAAUUUUUAGGGGGACUCAAAUAUGAUUUAUAGGAGUUAAUAGAUUUUUUUUAUGACACAUUAAAAGAAAAAAAAAAAAAAAAAAAGAAAAAAAAAGAAAAAAAAAAUAAUAAAAAGUUAUGAUAUGCUGUAAAGACUGUAUGCAAUUUGUAUGUACUACUACCGUGCGUGUGUGCUCAUCAGUAUCUGAAAAAUACAAACAAAUUCAUCUUUAA